UGUUGAAAAUAAAUGCAGAAUAAUUUGAUUGAGUCAUUCACUAAAUUUUUAUAAUAAAUAAUUAUUAACAAUUUUUCAAUAAACUUGAAUCAUCAUUUACUGUGACGUGAAUAUAAAAACGUUUUAAUGUGGCCUAAACGAGAUAAAUCAUUUUUACCGAAUAAAUACGAAUCAAAGGCAUUUCCAGCAGAAUGGACAAUAGACCAAAGAAAGCAAGAAUCAUCAAAUGUAAGAAACAGAUAUCCAGAUAGAAUUCCUGUAAUUGUAGAAAAAGCACCUCAUUCUUCUAUUCCUACAAUAGAUAAGCAAAAGUUUCUUGUUCCAAGUGAAAUUUCUAUGGCUCAAUUUAUGUGGAUUAUACGGAAGCGAAUUCAGUUAUCCCAAGAAAAAGCAAUAUUUUUAUUUGUUGGAAGAGUGCUUCCUCAGUCAAGUUCCAGCAUGGGUGAAAUAUACAAUGCACAUAAAGAUGAAGAUGGAUUUUUAUAUGUUGUUUAUAGUGGAGAAAAUACAUUUGGUUUAUGAUCAAUAUUUACUUCAAUAUUGUAUAAAAUGUAGAUUGUUGUAUUUAAAUUAGUUUUGUAAAUUUUAAUAGCAACUUUAUCUAUUAGCUGAAAAUUCCAAGCAAUUAAACUUUUUGAUUUUUGAAUAGUUUUCUUAAUUUACAAAAUCAUGCUGAAUGUUCUAAAAUGAGAUUAUUAUUAUUUUUUUUAAUAAUUUUUAAUAAUUGAUGUAAUAUAUUGUUUAAAAUUUGUAAGUAACCUAAUAUUUAAUUAUAUAAUGUUGAAUCUUUAUGUAAAUAGGAGACAUACUUGGAUUUUUCCAAAAUCAUUAGACUUAUUGGAAGAAUCUUAAGCAUCAUAUUUUACAGAAAAUUACUAAUUGUAAAUUUUGUAAAUUGAAUUCCAUUUUUAAAAAUUAUUUUAAGGAAGUCAAAUUAAGAUUCUUUAAAAUACUGAAAUGGCUGAUUAUUAUAUUUAUAUAUAUAUACACAUACAUAUCAGAAUUUGUAUUAAUUUUGUAAAAACUUUAAUAAUGCAAUGAAUAAACAAUGCAAAUUCACUUAAAA